AUGGCAACGGUGAAGGAAUAUAUUAGCAGAGGAAGGAAGAAGAAAAUCCCUAUUUUCGUGAAUAUUUAUGUAGUUACCUUUCUGAUUUGGGCAUUACAAUGUUUUAAUAAUAAUGUAAGAUUUUGUUUUACGAAUAACUCAUGUGAAGAUAAUGGCAGAUACUGCAAUACAGAAGGGACAUUGCCUAAAGGAGUUAAGAGAAGAUCUUUAGGACAAAGGGGAAGCUUAUUUGGCCCAGAAAUGGAGAUACUAGGAGACACAGUUGUAAAUUAUCUGUUACGUGAUAUCAAAGGAAAUAGGAAUGAUAAUAAAAAUGAAAGAAAACCAGAAGUGGUGGAACCAGAAUACGACCCCCCUCAUCGAGAAAACCCUCAUAGAAAUCAUUAUGACAAUAAUAAUGAGAAAUCUAAUUGUGAGACUCCCGAAGUAAUGUCCUAUUACAUACCAGGGGGAACCUCAGAUAGGAACCAGAUGAUGCAACGUACAUAUUAUCCCCCUCCAGGGGUACCUCGAGGAAUGGGUUAUAGUGUUCCUAGGGAUAAAUCCAUGAUAGGUUAUUUAAGACGGUUCCUACUACAGCAAGAAUUAUUUGCUUCCCCCCUAUUGAAUAAGAUGGCCCCAAUAAUUCUUCUAAUGUUUCUUUACUAUGUAAUACAAGCUACCAUAGGCAGUUUCCGUCAUCUUAUAGCAAUUUAUUUCGUGGCCAAGGUCCUAAGGAUGCUGUAUAAUAACAGUGAUAGUAGUUAA